UUUGUAAACAUGUGUCAGGUAUCAUAUUAACACAUAGGGGAUAUUGGAAAGAUGGUGAGGGUCCGCUGUGAACUCAGUGCUUCACGGUGUAGCGAGAAAGCCACUUGUGUGCUGUGGAAGUUGUCGUCUUGUUGAUCGUUGUGCAGUGAUAGGCCACCAUGACGCGCCCGGUGCUGGGAAUUAUUUUCUUCGCCUUGUUAUCUCUUGGUGCCACCCAAGAGACAACUAGUACAGAUGAUAAUAACGACAAAUCAAAUACCGUAGAUCCACCGCCCUCAGUUCGGCUGGAUCCUUACAUUCGAAAAGCAUUAUUAAAAGCGCUUACUGAUCUGGAAGAGAGUGAAAGCUUUACCGACACUGAUCCGACGGAUGCGACUUCUCCACUGGACUCCGAUAUUUUAAAUACUGGCGAAGAUGUUACUGUUGGUGACACUAACAAAGAGAAUGUACAAAUUCAUUCUUUUGUUGUUAACGGACAAGCAGCAUUCGCCAAUACGUCUAAUACCAGCCCGACAUUUAUUGACGAUAAAAUAUCAAUUUUAGGUACAACAGUUGGAAAUGUUGAAAAUUAUGUAACAGCUAGUCUUCCCACGCAAGCGACAUUUAAUGAAAUUUUUCAGACUAGGGAAAGUGGCGUUAAUUUACAACAAGUUCGGAGUAUACAAAGCACAACAAAAUCGAAAAAUGAUAUUGCGCAUAAUAAGUAUGCUACUUCAAAACCAAAAAGUUCCAUAAGUACAACCACGACUACAACGACAACGACUACUACGACCCCAAAACCAACCCACAACGACGACGGAGAAAACAUUGAAGAUGUCGACAAAAAGGAUGUUCAAGUUUUCCAAGCUCCUUUAGUUGCAGCAUUUACCGUACAUCAAGAUGGACAAGGCAUUCCAAAAAAGGUCAUACCGAUUUAUCAACAAACGACUAAUCAAGAAAUUUUAAAGGUAUCGCCAACAUCAAAUGUGUACACUCAGAAGCUGCCUUUCGAAAGUUUUCCAAAUGUGCCGUCAACAGACUUUAUAAAUCAGCAAUUAACAUUACAGAAACAGCUAGAAGAAAAGCAAAGAAUCCUGGAGGAGCAGCUCCGGUUCUUACAAAUACAGCAGCGACAACAAGAGCAGUUACUAAGAAAUCAACAAUUUCUUUUACAACAAAAAGAUGCACUAAGACAUCAAUCAUUAUUCGAACAAGAACAAAUAAAAAUACAACAACUCACAGAACAACAAAAACUUCCCUCCAAUCAAGUUAAUAAUAAUUUCUCAGUGCAUAAGAACACCCAACAAAGUAUUUUAAAUCAAAAUAAUGCUCAUGUUCCACAAAAAUCACAAGUUUCAAUUCAACCAAGCUUAGCUUUCGACCAAUCUAGUACAUUAGCACCUCAUCAGCAACUGCCGAGUAAAGAAGCUGUAGAUUUCCUCAUUAAUUUACGAAGGCAGCAUCCAGAUCAGUUUCCAUUACAAGAAAAUCACCUUCCUCAGGGAAUAAGCAAUUUUUUGCAACCGCAUCCCAUUCAGAGCUUCCGUCAAGCUCCAGCUAUACAGCUUUCGAAUCAAAUAAGGCCGACUGAAGACCAAUUCAGACAAAAGCAAGGAAAUCGUGUUUUUCGUCAUGAAAGUGGAGUUGGAAAUUUCGGAGUAAAUAGCCCAAAUUACAAUAGGUUCAAUACAUUUGAUGCACCGGCUCUUACAAAUCGCUUUGUGCCGGGAAAUAGAUUUAGUCCUGACGCGGAAUUAAAGCAGUUGUUAGCUCAAAGUACUCUUAACUCAAGAGCUCAUGAGGACCUGAAUAUAGUAUCCAAAGUAUUAUCUUUGAACCACGGAGUCCCAAUAAAUUAUAUAUCAAAUAGACUCCCAUUCGAUAAUCGAAGACAGAAAAGAACUUCUUGGUGAAUAAAAGAGUAAGUUCAAUUAUUAAGAGUAGGCAUCUUGUUGCAAAAUAAGUGCCUUGUCAACUUAGAAAUGCUAGAGAUAUUAUUAUUGUUAUUUACCUAGAUAAAAAAAAAACUACAAAAUCUAUGGAAAAAUGAGUACCUGUAAAAGUACGAGGCUACCUAUUUAUACUGAACUGAAUUUAUAAUAUUAUUUAGUGAUAAGAUAAUAAAUAAUAAAGAUCCAAUAUGAUGUAGCAUCUGGAUUUCUUCACUUUUAACAUUACAAUCCAAAGAAAAACUAUACUUAUCGGCAUCAUUGUUUUUAACGGUCAACAGGUAUAAUUACGUCACGUCCCGCGAGUGGUUAGUGCCUACUGGUCUUAUGUAGUCGGCUUUAUUUAUUUAAUUUUAUUUAUGUAUAUAUGAAAUGGUUUCCAUAAGUUCAUAAUUAUUGAGGAGUUAGCGAACAUAUCGUUGCACGUCAAAUUUUUUUCAGGAGGAUCAAACAACUAAAUAUAGGCUUUUGAAACUUUACUGUACUGUUCGAUUUGAAUCACGAACUUUGCGCUCAAUUUUUAACCGACUUCCAAAAAAGGAGGAGGUUCUCAAUUCGUUUUUUUUUUUAGCUUACAGUUUGAGGCCGUUUUGUUUGGGAUUGGUUUAAGUUUGUAUUUUAAGAGGACCAAAAACGUCCGGAUUAAAAAAAAGUAUUUUGAUCAGAAGUGUUAUUUUUACACCUUUUUGUACGCCAGCUCCUUAAUAAUAAAUAAGUAUUUUAAAUCAGUUCUAGUAGCAAGUGUAGUUAUGUACCCAGUAGUUUUUAAUUUAGUUUGUAACAUAGAUUUUUAACAACUAUUUAUUUUACAUAAUAUACUCGAUGUCAUAUUGCCAUAAGUAGGUAUAGUAUGUAACAUUUAUAAGAUAAAAAAAAUUAAUAAACGAAGAAAACUAGCUACCUAAGAAAGAGCUACCUAAGAACUUAUAACUACUACGCCAUGUUGAGUCUGAUUACUUAUUAGGGUUCCCUAUCUCCAGAGAAAUAAGGGAACCCUUACAGGUUCACAUUGCGUCGGUGUCUGUCUGUCUGUCUCUAUGUCGUGUCUGAAUAUCAAGACCUAUUAAAGGAAUCAAAACCUCUAGGAUAUGUAUUUCCUGACCUAGAAUCAUGAAAGGCAGGCAGCAAUGUUUUAUAGCACAAUUAAAGGGGAAAAUCUGAAAACCGUGAAUUUGUGGUAACAUCACAAAAAAAAGUGUUAUUGCUUGUACGAUUGAAAGGACUCUUCGUGUGCAAGUCCGACUCGCUUCUAAUUUUUUACAGUUCUUAUUUUUUUAUGACUAUCUGCGUAAAACUCUGUAGGUAAAUAGGUAUUUACUAAAUAGAUAUACUUACAUAUAAAACAAAAAUGCACGCAUCAAGUAUUAUAAUAAGUUAACUAAAAAGUUUUUUUUUUAAAUCGAAAACCGUUGAACCGUUGCGUCCAGUGUACGAAAGGCUAAAAUAAUAAUAGGUGCUUAAUUAUUUAUUAUUAUGAUGAGUGGCGCUAUCAGCUUUUUCUAGAAUUUUCGUAUGUAUGUAUUAUGUAAAUAUAUAAACCUAGCUAUAGGUGAAUAUUUAGACAUAAAACUAUGAUAAUAUAAGCAUAUCUUAGGAUGAUUUUUUAAGAAUGUAAAUAAUAAUAAAUAAGUUUAUAAAAACUGUAUAAAAAU